GGGGGUGUCUAAUUUUAGCCCCUGAAUGGAUCUGUGCUGGAGCCGAGCUCUCUGCCCCCGUCAAGGGUACAGCAUCAUGUUGUGCUGGGAGGAUUUUCCUGCGUGGCUCUUUGAAUGGCUCCAUCACCGGCUCAGGUUGUGCUACAGGCAUGGAUGACUUCGAGUACAGCAUCCAGCUGAACGACAGGGACUGGGCCGAGUUCUCCUUGGCGGCGGAGGAGUGCAACCUCGCGCCGGCCUCGCUGGCCACAGCGGAGGAGCAGAGCCUCAGUGACAUUGAGCAAGGGGACGGCGUGCCGGGCAGCACAGACGGGCCGGUGGGCAGCAGGCCAGGGCCUGGCACGGCCAGCUCUGCCCCACGUGGGGUGACCGGAGACGCCUCUUGGGGCUGGAAGGCCGACGGGCACCUCUCCGUGCCGGAGCGCCUCUGGGACGAAGCGGACGCGGGCUCCGUUGGCAGGACCCUGUGUGCGAGCGGAGAGCCCGGCUGCCCUUCAUCCGCCCCGAUGCCCAGUGUGCAGGGCAGGCAGCCCCCCUGCCCUCCCGCAGGCACCGCUGCCAGCCCGGCUGCGGGCACAGCGCAGGACGCAGCAUGCGAAGCAGCAGCACGGCAGCCACAGAAAGGAGCAGGCAGCGGUAGCCCGGCUAUGGAGCGUGCCAGCAGCCCGGCUGGAAGGAGUGAGCAGGGAGGGGAUGCAGGAGCGGCUCCGGGACAGGGCAGCUCGCCCGCGGUGCCCGCUUCCCCAGGGAGAGCCGCAAGGAAAGGUCUCAGCAGCGCUUCCCGCUUGGAACCAGGACCACGGGGACCCCCGCGUGAACCCCCCCUGAGUCCAGCGCUGGAGGCAGCCCCCAAAGCUCCCGUGUCCCCAGCACGGGAGGAGGCGAGCGGGGACAGAGCCGGCUCCGAGCGCUGCUCCCCCGCUGGCUCCCCGGAGGUUGUGAGGCCCAAGGUGCCGGCGCAGAUGAGGAAGAGCCGGAGGCAGCGGGGAGCCGGUGCCACCGAAGCAGCCCUGGGGGACAAGGAGCCGGUGGGGGCUGCAGGACAGGGGACUGCGGUGCCCGUGAAGGCACCUUUGAGCUCGCCACUGUCCUCAAGGAAGAGUAAAGGGAAGGAGAAGGCAGCCAAGCCGGCUCCUGUGAGGAUGGGCAGUGAGGAGGCAGUGGAGAGCAAAAAGCCAGUGCCCAGCCCUGGUGCGGAUGAGGGUGAUUUGACUGCAAGCUUAUCCCCCAAGCAGAAGGUGAAGGAGACGGCAGCCAAGCCGGCUCCUGUGAGGCUGGAGAGUGAGGAAGAAGCAGAGAACAAGCAGCCAGUGCCCAGCCCUGGUGUGGAUGAGGGUGAUGCGGCUGUGAGCACCCCUUUGAAGCAGAAGGUGAAGGAACCACCCCCUAAACCAGCUCCUGUGAGGCUGGGCAGUGAGGAAGCAGCAGAGAGCAAGCAGCCGGUGCCCAGCCCUGGUGUGGAUGAGGGUGAUGUGGCUGCAAGCAUAUCCCCAAAGCAGAGGGUGAAGGAGCCAGCAGCCAGACCGGCUCCUGUGAGGCUGGGCAGUGAGGAAGCAGCAGAGAGCAAGCAGCCGGUGCCCAGCCCUGGUGUGGAUGAGGGUGGUCCAGCCAUGAGCGCUCCCCCCAAGCAGAAGGUGAAGGAGCCGGUGGCACAGCCCCUGGGGAAGGUGAAGGCCACCAAGCAACCAAAGGCAGGGCAGGCUGGUGGCCUGGGGGUAAGUGACACCGUGAUCCCUGAUGGUGCCGGAGAUGCCAGCAGAGCCAGAGCUCCUUCAGGAGGGGCAUGCCAGGAGAAGCCUCUCCAUCCCAAGAGUGUGGUGGCUUUUGGAGGGGAUGCUGCCAACAGAGCUCAUGUGGAGCCUGCAGCUGAGGUCCCCAGGGAGCUGGGGCCCCCUUGCUUUGAAGCUGGGACCUUUGCAGGGACAAACACCCUGGAUGUGACUUGGCCUGAGAUGUAUGACUAUUUGUUCUGUGACUCCCAAGAGGAAGAAGAAGGAGCAUGGAACUCAGUGGAGGGGGGGAAAACACUGGAAAGGGAAAUCUCCUUGCCUGAACUCUAUGAGUAUUUUUUCAAUGAACCAGAAGGAAAGAGGAAAAAAGCCAAGAGUAAAGACAGGAAGCGAAAGAAGUUCAGCAGCUUGGACCACACUGAGCUGCAAAACGAGGAUGCUGACUUGGAUCCAGUCAAAGACUCCGUGGUUAUCUCAGUCCCUGAGGUGUACGAACACUUCUUUGUGGAUGGGCCUGGGAACAGGGCGGGCUGGAGAGGGAUGUUCUCAAUCGCUCCCACCUCCGAGGUGAAGAAAGCUGUGGGGGCUUUGAAGACCCUCCUGCAAAGGCAUCUCGUCGGGCGCCAAGUCCCAGCACCCCAGGCUCUUGUGCGGAGAGGAUCCGGAGAGAAUCUCCCCCUCGUCCCACUAGGUCCGUUGGGAAGAAGCGAGGCACAGUCUGACUUGGACAUGGCCCUUGCACUGAGAGGGAGCCCCCAGGUUCCACUGGCGCUGACCCACAAAGACAUGUGCCUCGUCUUCUGUGCCUUUGCCUCCUGGGCAGUGAAGACCUCCGACCUGCAGGCUCCGGAUGCCUGGAAGACCAUGUUCCUGGCAACUUUUGGCACCCUUUCUGCCAUCCGCUACUUCCGAAGGCAGGUCAGAGAAGGACAUCCCCGGACCUAGUCUCAGCGCACGCCAGCGAUGCUUCCCGAGGACAGGCGAGGACGUUUGGAGGCAGAAGCUGGGGACUUUGUUCUUGGGCAAGUGUGAAAAGCCUGGAUCCUAGCACCCAGACUUCAAUGGACCCAUCCCUAAAGGGGACAGGAUGUCACAGGAAGCAGGAUCCUUCCGGUGACAGUCAUUUACAACACGGUAGGCAAUUUGUACCUGUAUUGGACAGAAGAGGAGCCCAGCGUGGGCUGGCUCUGGUCUUUCUUUGCACACUUCUUGUAUACUUGUGCUAUCUCCUAGGAGUAGUCACAGUGUCUGUUCCAGGGCGCUGCUUGUCCAUCCUCCCUGCUGAAGUCACCUGGUGGCAAAGGAAGGCACCAAGGGGGUGGAUGGAGGAGAGAGCAAAAGAAACCAGGAAAGUGCUUUGUUCUUAUGAAGGAGCUGGCUUAUCUGUGAAGGAGGAGAGAGCUUUGGGGAAGAGCUGUGUCUGUCCAAACAUGGUGCUUUGCUAAGCAUGUGCUGGCUGUGUGUGGGUAAAGGGGGAUGGAGAGGCUGCUCACUUGGCAAGGACCAGGUCCCCCAUGACCGGGUUGGCUCAGGGCAGGAGGACUCAUCCUCUUGGAUUGCACUCAGAGAAGUCAUGCUCAGUCUAACCGUUCAGCAGGCUGAGAUAGGGUUUCUAUUGCUCGUGGCCCUGCUGAGCCAGAGCCAUGGAUGUGGUGUUUGGCCCUGUGGGUGAGGAGCACCCGCUGCAAGGACACAUCUCACUGCUGUAGGCAGGGAAUGGGCAGGAAUCCCUCAGCCAGAGCCAGAGGAAGGGGCGGCAAGGAAGGGCUCUAUAGGAGCUGCACAGGAUGGAAAAGGGCUGCAGGGGCAGCAGGGAAAGGGCCCGAGCUCAGGGAAGCCUCUGGAAAGAGCCCUCUUAAGGACAGGAGCAUGUUGGAGAGGAGGAGAAGGUAUGUGCACAUGUUUGGCUCUGACAACCACCACACGAAGGGUCUAAACACAUGACUUGGUCCCUCCACUGCCUUCCAUCCUAGAGACAUAAAGGUGGCUGGAAGGAGAUGGUAAGGGAGGAUGUGCCAUGGCUGAGUGUGUAACCCUGUGGGACUGGAGAGGGCUGGAAUGCACCCAGGAUGGAAGAUGGGGUGAAAAAGGAAAAGGAAGUGGUUCAGUUUCUUCCCUGUCUCUAGUGCCUUCCUGAACACUCAAGGGCAUUAUUCAUGAUGGUUUUUCUUCACUCCCAAGUCUGAUAACAGCAUGAAUGUGAGAUUUGUUAAGCACUUAGGGACCAGAUCCACAAAGAUACCGGGGGAAGUCUGCCUGGAAUACCUGUGUGGAUCUGCCUAUGAGCUUUGUAGGAGCACUGUGGCAAUGUUUGUCUUAUGAAGCCAGAGAGGAGAGGUUUAGCUCCUUCCUUGCAAUGCAGAGUGCCAUGCAAUUUUAAUGUGUGUAGGGCUGUGUUGAAGAUGAUGUAUUAUUGCUGAUAAGAGAGUAUACUGUACAAUUGUACAGAGAGGUAUGUAGCAGUAAAUAGCGAGAGAGAUGUACAUGGACUAUAUAUAUGUAUAUGGACUAUAGUAGCUGUAUAGCCAGUAAGAGGAGUUUGGUGGAGGAAGAGAACAGAUAAAAUGUGCUGGAAGCUUCUAAUAAAGAUCUAUCUCAUUUAAUA